AUGAAGUGGGAGGACAUCAGUAAGCACUUGCCCGGACGCAGCGCCAUCAGUUGUAGACUGCACUAUCAAAACUACCUCGAGCGGAGGAGCGAAUGGGACGAGGAUCGCAAAAAUAAGCUCGCAAGGUUGUACGAGAGGUUUCGAGCCGACAUGUGGGCGAGAGUCGCAGAGGAGAUGGCGAUGCCAUGGAGAGCCGUCGAAGCAAUGCACUGGCAGAUGGGCGAGCAUGAGAUGGCGAAGCGUGCUGGUGUAACCCCAUUCUCCUUGACCAACGCCAACAGCGGGAUCGAGCCUUCGUCUCUCCCUCCAAGACCACCACUGCGGCAUGGUGGACCACCCCCGCGCCCUUUGCGACGAGAAUCGAUGCCUCCCGACACGGGCUUACAGGGUCCUCAGCAGCUGCCUUCACUAGCAGAACUGACAGCGGGGCUGCCUGCGUUUUCAGCACCACCUUACCACACCUCAGACCCUUUCCAUCGCCAUCUGUACAACCACCCAAGAGGCCGCAAUGGUCCGUUUCGAUAA